AUGGCUCCUCCUCCUUCCGCCACCUUGCCUCUGGUUGAGAGACUCAAGGCCUUGGCGCAGACCCUACAGUUUGCCUGGUUCGUUGGACAUGUGACACUUUUGCUCUCAGUCUUCCGCUACUCCCUGUCUUGCAUCUUCUUCAACUACUACUCCUCCGCGGCACAGAUCGCCUACCGUUUGACCUUCAUCUCGGCCGCUGUGACUUAUGGAAUCGUCGUGUACAAGGGCCACUUCGCCCGAGGUGUCCAAGGCAGCCCUCUGGCAAUUGUGUUGAAGCUCAUCUCUGAUGAGAAUGUGCAAUACCUUGGGAUGGCUCUGGUCUGGCUGUACUCGCGCCAGCUCAUCCUGGCUCUUCUGCCUUUCAGCGUCUACUCGGUCUUCCACGUCGCAACCUACAGCCGCAUGUACUUAAUCCCUACCCUGCAGCCCGCUGCUCCGGCCGCCCCUGCCUCUCCCACCUCUCCUACCUCCAAGCCCGCUGUCAAGCAGUCUCCCCUCGCCGAGACCAUUGGACGGUUCAUCAAGCAGUACUACGAUGCUAGCAUGGGUGUUGUCGCAACCCUCGAGAUCGCCCUGCUGUUCCGACUUGCUCUGUCCGCUAUCACUUUCUCCAAGGGUAGCUGGGUCCUCUUGGUAAUCUACCUGUCUUUCUUCCGCGCCCGCUAUGCGCAGAGCUCCUUCGUCCAGCAAGCUGUCCGCCAGCUUACUGCCCGUGCCGAUGCCACUAUCUCCCACCAGAGCACUCCUCCCCAGGUUCGCCAGGGCUGGGAGGCCAUCAAGGGUAUUGUGCGUCAGGGUUACGAGAUCACCGAUAUUGGCCGCUACAUCUCUGGCCCUACCGCUGCUAAGAAGCCGCAGUAA